GCAUCGGAUGACAUGCCACUGCUUAAACAGAGAUCAUGCAGCGCCAAGGACUGCAACUGCGUGAUCUGUCGUGAACUAACCGACUGCAGUAUGCCAGGAAAUUUAGAAUCUCCUCGCCGUGACGGCGUCAACUUCAUUUUACGUCGAGCUCUGCCCUUCACGAGCAAAUCACCGUCGAAGGAAUGGCUGAACAUAACCAAUUCGAUAAAUGAUGGCUACAAAGAUAGUAAUACAUUGGAAGAAUCGGGUCACAGAGCGGAAGUGGAGGGCAGAAUGACGCCAACAGCGAAUAGCAACGGUAGAAGGGAGAAAGACGUAGCUCAUAAGACGGUGAUAUACUUUGGCGACAGCAGUCAAAGGCAGAAUAACAAAUUCAAUUCGAAAGAGGCUUCUUCGUCACAGUUGAACUGUAAGGAAGAGGUUAGGAUGGUGGAAUCGAAGAAAGAAGAGGAAAUUAAUGACGUUGAGGAUGGAAAGAACUGUAGAAGGGGUCAGAAGGAGAAGCAACGAUCGACUGUGAGCCUGGUGGAGAACGAGGAGGUCAAGGUCACGCACGAAAUCGUGGUGAACGUUAGCCCGAGCAGGGAGGACGUGCUGAGGAUCGAGGAGGACGAGAGCCAGCUCGAGGAUUAUUGGUCCUUGCCGGGGGACAGCAGCGGGUUCAAGGCAGACUGGAGCUUCGUACAGCAAUGGCGCCUGAGGGGACCAGCUGGUGGCAACGGACGAGAAUUGUAUUGUCCACCAUACUCGAAGGACUUCACGGAAAGUUCGCCAAAAAACGGUGUACACAAUAUGGUUCACAUGGUGGCGGAAAGGGACACGGACAGCGUUGCGCCAACGCCAACGCCACAGCAUCCCCAUCACUCUCAACACCAUCAUCUUAGUUUACACGAAAUUCGCGCGCUUCAGAGGCGACCAGAAUGCACCGGUAAUAGCUCGUCAGAUGAGAAUCGAUCGUCAGGACACGCUAGCAUGUCGGAUACAGGUGGCCACACGAGCAGCAGUUCACCGCCACAUCGCCACCAUAGGGCACACAGUCCCCAACAGCUGAACUCUGUUCCAGAAGACGACCGUUUAUCAGCCUCGGUCACUCAGAGGAAUGGCAGGAGUAGAUCCGGACAGAAUCGCAACAGACAUAGAGCUACACCUGCCAAGUUACAGGUCCCUUGGUCAGGUUCUGGGCUAGAAGACAUCAAACUGGCUAUCCAGCAGCUCACCAUGCGUUCCCAUAAAUCCUCCUCCACCUACUCCUCCUUGAGUGGUUCCGAGAGUUCAGAACCAGCUGUAAGGAGGCUGAUGAGACACUCAAGCCUGGAGACUAUCAAUACCAACGUGACUAGCGCGGAUGAGUUCGUCUGGGUGGACUCUCAUAACAGACUGGUGGAGUUACAGCAAUUACCAUGGACUCACCACGAUGUCCUUCGCGUGUUGCAAAAUGGUCGCACCAGGGAGCACAUGGAGCAGGUCUCUAUGGAGACGAUACCGCGUCUGUCUUACCUAUUGCAACGUGCUCUGGUCAGAAUCGGUCGUGAAAUGCAGAGACUGGCCAAACCUGUUGGUCUAUGUAGCAAGCAUGAAGUGUACAGCGCGUUUAAAAUCGUGCUGUGCCCGGCCUUGGCGGAUUCUUGCACCAAGGCAUGCUUGCGAGCUGCAGCAAUGUUCGCUGUAUCUGGCGAUCAGCUGAAGCAGUCGAAAGCUUCACGAUCUGGAUUACAGCUACCAGUAGGACGAUUUCUUCGCUGGAUGUCCGAUGUACGGCUAGGAAGAAUGAUACACGAAUUCGCAGCUAUAUAUUUGACCGCUGGAAUCGAGAAUCUCCUCGAAGAAAUAUUAUUGCAGUGCAUACCGACUGAUCCCCAUACAACGCUGACUGCAACCAUGUUGGAGCAUGCCAUUGCGAACAGCGGAGAUUUAUGGGGACUUCUUCAACCGUACGCACAUCUGAAUGCUGGUCGAACAGCAUCAGGUGCCCUUGCCAUGCCACGCUGGGCCAGCGUUAGUUCUUUAAAUUCCUCAUCGUCGUCCCGUAGUGGAAGAGAUGCAGCGGGAUCAGCGUUGGAACCGUCGCUCUUAACCACCUGCGUAGGAUCAAUGUCAGAGCUCAUAGAUUUAAUUUCAAAAGUGGUUCAAGCUGGACGUUCACCCAUUCCUUUGACAACUAAGGCACUGAAUGCCUUGUUUUAUUAUAUGAGGUGUUCACAGUUAGAACACGGCGAACGUGGUUCCGGAAUACAAGAGCUCGCGUACGAAAGAGCGUACGUCGUACUUCCGCCGCUGAUUGAGUGGCUGAGAGUUGCGACCGCUCAUGCAGAACACAGGCACGGACUAGUUGUAGAUCAAGAUGACAUUAAUCAAGCUGCCAGAUUGUUAUUGCCCGGUGUAGAUUGUCCUGUCAGACCCAUAUGCUUCGAGGAAGUUUCAGUAUGCUCCAAGCGCAUCGACGACUCCGAGUAUAUUCGCCUCCUCACCAUGGACAUGGCCUUCAAGAUGCUAACCAGCGGUCGUGCAGAUCUCAUUGCUCAAGCCAUGCCUCUUCUACCAGUGGCAAAAAUCAACACUGUGAACGACAAUGGCUUCACUGCUCUAAUGAUAGCGUGUAUCAAUGGUGAUGAAACCGCUGUAUUAGCUUUAUUAGAUGCUGGAGCCGAUUUGAAUAUCGAAAUCCCACCUCCAUCCACUGGUCAGUCAGCAAACACGCCUUCCAAGAGUUUAGUGACUCCUGGUGUAUCAAAUGUUAGAAGUCCAGUAACUCCAUCUGCCAUGGUGACUCCAGGGAAGAUUGUGCAGUCUCCAAAUUCUUCCUUCAGUUCUCCAGGCUCAUCCAGUAAUGUUUCUGGUAGCAUAUGUUGUACUCAGACUGGAUUUAACGCAGAAACACAGCACUGGACUGCUUUAACCUACACAGCCUUGCUAGGGCAUUGCAACAUAGCUAGGAUAUUGUUGGAAAGGGGUGCAGCAGUGGAAGGUGGAGCUAAAGUCAGUGAAGAUAAAUCCACAGUUACGCCAUUGCAAGCUGCUACAGCAUCUGGUAACAAUGAAAUGGUAGCACUGCUUCUGGCUCAUGGAGCUCAGCCAUUUUUGUCCACCUUGAUCAAGGAUUCGUUUUCGUACUCUGGUUCUGCUCAGCGUGGCUGUUACAGUGCGAUAUCAGUGGCAACAGCACAUGGCCAAAGAAUUUGUCUUCAUCAAUUAUUAUCUCAUCCUCUGAAUUUUUCUGCCAAACGAGGAGAGAAAGAAGUGUUAUCAUUGGAAGAGAUUCUCGCAGAAGGCAGUGCAGGUACUAGUCCACAACAACAAACUGUAGAUGGAAGAGCAAACAGAAGAGAAGGAAAAGAACCAGUUUUUAACAAGAUCCAGACUAAAGCUUUGCAAGAAGCAAUGUACCAUAGUGCUGAGAGCAACCAUUUAGAUAUUACAAUGGAACUGCGUGGAUUAAAAGUAGGUUGGACAUUACAUUGCUGGAUGCACAGUCUUGCAAUAGCCCACGAAAUGAGGUUAGAUUCAGUGAUAGAUCAAUUGCUUCAAGAUUUCCUUCAAGUGUGUCCAGAUGACUAUUCCACACAAUUUGUACAAGAAUGUCUUCCAUUGUUAUUCAAUAUAUUUAGGUACAGUAAGAAAGAAGGCACGACGCUUCUUCUCGCGGAUAUCUUUUGUACGUGCUUUGGAUGGGAACCGAUAAAACCCAUUAGAGACACCACGCUAUCAAGUGGGUCCAGAAUAGACCCCAAGUUUGUAAAUAAUCCAGAAUUAAGCGAUGUACAAUUCAGAGUAGAGGGCAGAGUUUUUUACGGCCAUAAAAUCGUGUUAGUUACGUCUUCGCCAAGAUUCAGAAACAUGUUGAGCUCGAAGUUAUGUGAGGGAAAUCCUCCCAUUGUACAGAUUAACGAUAUUCGAUACCACAUUUUCCAGAUGGUUAUGGAGUUUUUAUACCACGGUGGUUGCGCCACGUUAGAAGUCAAUCAAAGCGACGUUCUGGAAUUAAUGGCUGCCGCGAAUUUUUUCCAAUUAGACGGUCUACUUAGGUACUGUGAAGCACAAUGUUCUUCGAUGGUUGAUCUAGACAACAUUGUUUCUAUGUACAUUCAUGCAAAGGUUUACAAUGCAACGCAACUUCUAGAAUACUGUCAAGGGUUUCUGCUUCAAAACAUGGUCGCUUUGUUAACAUACGACGACUCGGUAAAACGUCUAUUGUUUGCAAAGAAACUACCUAAUCACGAUGUUCUCGCGGGCCUUCUUCUUACUUUGCAGGCAAGAAUAAAGGCUAGACGAUCUCAACAACAAAAUAAGAUAAAAGCUUAGAGAACAAUAUGCGCACAGUAUACUAGCAUCGUCAUUAUCAUUUUUACUUCUGCUUUCGUCAAACUGUAAUUAUUAAACGUAUUCGCGUACAAUUAUAGUAACGUCGUUUAUACAA